UACUUAAAAUAUGAUGGACGGAAAUUUCAAGCAGAGGUACAUUUGGCGGACUUCGCUCACUCUCGCAAGGCGGAGACAGGAAAAACUCAACGUUCCCUUUACGACUUCUGUCCAGUGUCCAUUUCCAAAAACUAACAUUCUCGAAGAGUUCAUUUGUAGAGAGAAUAAUGGCGAGCAAACGUGAAGAUGAUCACAAUGAACCAGUAAAUGAACAAGCGGUUGCAAAUAAGUAUGCUACUAUGAGGUCUGAACUGAACCAAAUUUACUCAAAAAUCACUGAACUAGAGAUGGAAGUGAGUGAGCACUCAUUGGUCAUGAAUGCUAUUCAGCCGCUUGACCCAUCUAGGCGUUGCUAUCGGAUGAUUGGUGGUGUUCUAGUGGAGAGAACCAUCAGAGAGGUGUUGCCUGCUGUCCAUCGGAACAAAGAGGGGCUUGAGGAGGUUAUAUCUAGGCUCAAUGAAGCCUUGGAAAAGAAGAAAAAGGAAAUUGCUGAUUUUGAGACCCAGUACAAAAUUAGGAUAAGAAAGUCUGAUGGGGAGACGAAGGAUGAAAAUGGACGAAAGGAAGGUUCUUCUCAAGGAGUCCUGGUCGGCCCUGCAAGUGGAAGCGAAUGAUGGGUCUUGCAUCUCUUCCCACUUUAUUUUCUCGAACUAGAUACAUAAAUUUUCCUCGAGUUUUGUACUGGACAUUAAAGUUUAGGGUCUUUGGUUAAUCAGGGCUGAUAGUAGACUGUAAACUCUACCAAUAUUGCUGAAUGUGAGUUUGUGUUCGUUUUUUGUGUGAAAAA